AUGGCCGUCCUCUCAGUGACCAGAAGACUGCUUGCUGUCUCAUGCAUAACAUCGGUGAAGAAAAAAUGGCGGAUUGGAAAAAUAUACGCUGUCGGCUUGGCUGAUUCGUCUGCUGCUGUCUACAAUCUCAAUGAGGAGCUGGUCUUCGAGCAACUGUCCGACUAUCCGGCUCGAAAACGUGAAGCUGUGCUGCGAUUCGACGAGGCUAAAAUACAACGGAUAAAUGGUAUUAACGAUAUCCCUUCAUAA